AUCUCAAUUUUUGUUCAUCGAGGAUGUGACAGAUGCGUAUUUUUUCACUCUAAUCAUAGACAUGAUGGACAUGGAAGAUAUUAUCAGCAAACCAAAGGACAGGCCAGUGUUAUCUCUUAUGUCAGAAGAAAAAGAAUGUCAGUGUGGACAAUUGAACGUUGCUUCGGGAAGUAUUGACCAGGAUGGAUUUAUAAAGUAUGCCCGUUUGAACAACACUGAUGGUCUGGCGAAAUGCUCUGAACUAGGAGGUAGUCUUGUGUCAAUAAAGACUCGACAACAACAUGAUUCUAUUGUUAGGAUUCUUAGUGGAUUCUAUGGCGUUGAUACUGAUUUGCCUAUGUGGAUUGGGGGAAAUGAUAUGGCAACAGAAGGAACGUUCCUAUGGGAAGACGGGACUGCCUUCGCUGAUACACCCGGCGCUAUCCAAUGGGGCCCAGGAGAACCAAACGACACAGCUUCUCAAGAAGAUUGUGUUCAAUUAUAUAAAUCAGAUAGCGAAUGGUAUUUGAAUGAUGUUCCGUGUGCUUUUGAACAUUACAGCGUUUGUGAUAUGAAUUAA